CGUUGCAGGUCGUAUGAUUGAAAUGUGUGAUCCAAUCGUGGAAAAUCUUCGUUCUUCUAUUGUUUUUUUACUUCAGCAUUAGGAGCUGUCGACGACUGUGAUUGUGCUUUGUCCAGUCUUGCCUUUCUCUUGAGGAACAAAUUGUAUCAGGAAGGGACAGCAGGAGCAGCUACAUGUCCAUGCACGUAGCAACUCGUAGUGCAGAAUCAGUAUGUAGACACGAUGAGAUGUUGCGAGUAUAGACUGUACCAUCCCGAUCGCCACCAGUACCCUUGUGUGUAGACAGUAGACAUUGAGGAAAGAGCCACCAUCAACAUGUCCCUCCACGAGACCGCUGUAACUGGCGAAGAGGCGAUCCAACGCAAGAUAGAGCGGGGGAGUUGCAAAGACUGUUGGCUGCAACAUUGCGCGUGUGACUUUUUGGAGAAAAACCUGCUGUCGCAGAACUUUCCGAACACAAAAUUUGUCCUGCUACUCGACCCGUUCGAGCUGCGGCGCUCGGUUUCGGCGAAUACGGGCAAAAUUCUCACGAUUUGGGGGGCGGAGCGAGUGAUUUUCGGGCACGACGAGCAGAUGCAGCUGUUGGAGCGGUGGCUGGAUGACGCAAAGUAUCCCGUGUGUCUGUAUCCAACGCCUGAAGCCGUAUCGGUGCCAAAGUUCUUCGCUGAUUUUCAACAUGGGGAGACGACUCAUUCGGAAAAUAAAGUACUGGACGAACACCAUCGAGAAGCGCUUGAAAGCGCGGAGAAGGGAACAAAAGAACUGUCUCCGUCGGCGGCUCAACUACAUCAAACGGAGAACAAUACUUGCGGUAGCCAAGUAGACAGAAAAUUUCCGGACCUCGUGAUAAUACCUGACGGGGACUGGACGCGGUGCAAAGUUAUGAUGCGGCACCCAAUGCUGCGCGUACGGCUUCUCGGAAAGCAGGAUUUAUCGGAAGCUGGAAAUAAUAGAGCAGAUCAAAAAUUUCGACAAGAAGAGGCAGACCGCGUCGAUGGACUUGAGCAGUUUGUUCCACAUAAUUUCGCAGCCGACACAAUACUUGUACCGACCCAGAUUGAGGCUUGGAAGCUGCGGGAUUUGACAACAAUCAGCACCCUCGAGCAACAAUUUACUUCCCCAUUCGGUCGGACAAAAAAGUACUACUCUGGCCCUUCAGAGCGACUGCAAACCGCGGGCGCCUUUUGGCUCAUGUGUCACGAGACGGGCGCGUUCAGCGAUAUUCUUCUCGAGAAAAUGGCGUUGCAAAUUCACUACCUGAUCAGCUGUUACCAUAAGCAAAUCAAUCGCGUCAUAGUGCGCGGGAGUGGGCAACGAUUUCAUGUACAGCCGGGGCAUGGAUAAACGAGGUUUCUUUUUUUUUCUUUCCUACAACAGUUAGGUGUAUAGUAGAACGACACCGGCAUGCACCGAAAGGCGACAAACGAAGUUAACCGUUUCAAUUGUUUGAUUUUGGACAGCGACAAACACCUUCGUUUGAAAGUAUCUACUUCAAGUCGAGCAUGCUCGAAGGAAUUGGCAU